CCCUUGUGCAAUUAGCUAGGAGAGAGCAAUAAGAAGAAAGAUAGAAAAAGGAAAAAAAGCAAAAAGAAAAGGACUAAACUCGGAAAAAGCCCCGUCGAAUAGCGAACCUUCCAUGCACGCGUUUAAAGAGACUCUUGGCACGUGCUUUUCACCUUGAUUCGAUAUGGUCGUGCACGUGUCCUUCCUACUCCCAAGGCCCAGUCCAGGUGUUCUUUCUCUCUCUCCCUCUCUACCAACUUCUCUUUUCCCCUUUAUUUAAAGUCCACCAUAGACCCUAGCCCGUUAGACACUUUGAUACGAGGUCGUUUUCACCCUCCGAUUAUCUUAUCCUUGAUUCUCGCCGGGGAAACACGAACUUCCUUUAUAGGCAUCCAAUUGUUGACGCAGUGAAACUGAAGUCGCCGGAGAUGGAGAUUGAGACGGAGGUUCAAGGGAGCUACAGCUACAUGGGGCGAAACUUCAGCGAUUUGAGUAUCAACGAUGAUUCCUCGGCUUUCAGUGAGUGUAACAGCGACAGAUCCGGCGAGUUUUCGUCGGCGUCGUCGCAGAGCCGGAGGCUACUCAUCGCCUGUGCUGCUGAGAACUCCGAUAACCUGAUACGCCAGCUUGUAUCCGAUCUCGAAUCGAGUUCAAUCGACGAACAGAAGCAAGCGGCGAUGGAGAUAAGGCUUCUUGCAAAGAACAAGCCGGAGAAUCGAAUCAGGAUUGCUAAAGCCGGUGCAAUCAAGCCUUUAAUUACUCUGAUCUCAUCAUCCGAUCCACAGCUUCAAGAGUACGGCGUCACCGCAAUUCUUAAUCUCUCCCUCUGCGACGAGAAUAAAGAGCUUAUAGCCUGUUCCGGCGCAAUCAAACCACUGGUCAGAGCUCUCAAAGUCGGAAACUCGACGGCUAAAGAAAACGCAGCCUGCGCACUUCUUCGAUUAUCGCAAAUCGAAGAGAACAAAGUCGCAAUUGGACGAUCAGGAGCGAUUCCACUGCUAGUGAACCUUCUAGAAAAUGGAAAUUUUCGCGGGAAAAAGGACGCAUCAACUGCUUUGUACUCGCUGUGUUCGGUUAAGGAGAACAAAAUCAGAGCCUUACAGGCUGGUAUAAUGAAGCCUUUGGUGGAAUUGAUGGCUGAUUUUGGAUCGAACAUGGUAGACAAAUCGGCGUUUGUGUUGAGCGUGUUGGUUUCUGUGGCGGAGGCAAGGACGGCUUUGGUGGAUGAAGGCGGAAUACCGGUGCUGGUGGAGAUCGUAGAGGUGGGGUCGCAGAGGCAGAAGGAAAUCGCGGUGGCGACACUGUUGCAGGUUUGUGAGGAUAGCUUGACGUAUCGUACUAUGGUGGCCCGCGAAGGAGCGAUUCCUCCCUUGGUUGCUUUGUCGCAGUCCGGAACCAAUCGUGCCAAACAAAAGGCGGAGGCACUGAUUGGGCUUCUACGGAAACCAAGAUCCGGCGACUCCGCUGCCACUGCCAGAACAUCUGAGGUGUCUGUUUAAAGUGUCCCCACAUCGACAUGCCCCUACCAUGUUAUCAAACAGUUGAGAGAAGCAAAGGAAAAGCUGUAAAUAUCCAAGUUAACAAAACAAAGUUUGUAAAUUGUCAAUGUUUGGUUUUGGUUUUGGUUUUGGUUUUGGUUUUGGCUUUUGGGAAUUUUGCAAGUGCAAUAGUGUGUUGUCUGAUGUGCAAUUACAGUUUUUAAUUGCAAAAAAAUAUGGGAUAUGGAAAGGAAGUGGUGUUCUGCCCUCACAUAUCCAUUAUAUUCGAAUUAAUGGAAAAAGAAAAAGAUUUCGAAAAACUCGGUGGGGGUAAGGGCUUAUAGGUACUUUAAUAUACUUUUAUAUUCAAUUUUUGUAAAAAAUAAUAUUAUGCUUAU